AUGUCGAAGUAUGAUAAUCCUUGGAUAGCUAAGCUUGCCAUUCCCGGAGUCAGCGGACUGAUUGCAUUCUUGUCCUAUUCUUCGCAAUACUUGUUCCAGUACCUCGAGCCGGGACCUUUGACGAGAAAACAAACCUACAUUUUCAACACGCUCGUUGCAUGCAUAUGGAUCAGCUAUGGAAGGACAUGCUUGACCGAUCCCGGUCAUGUGCCUGAGUACUGGUCUCGAGCUCGGCUCGAAGAUGAUAACGAGCAUGACCAACACCAGCGAAGUCGAUACUGCCGGAAGUGUGAUGCUCCCAAACCUCCACGGUCGCAUCACUGUAAGGUGUGCAAGCGAUGCAUCCCAAAGAUGGACCACCACUGCCCUUGGACAAGCAAUUGCGUGUCGCAUUUCACCAUUCCUCAUUUCAUGCGAUUCCUGUUCUAUGCUACGGCCGCAAUGAGCCAGCUUGAAUACUUCAUCUACUUGCGAGCAGCAGAAAUUUGGGCUCUCAGAGAUAUGCCUGCUAUCCAUGGCCCAGGUCUUUGGGUGCUCAUUCAUUUCUUCAUGCUGAUCGUCGCCAACUCACUUACACUGUUCUUGGUCGGAAUCAUGCUGUUUCGCGGGAUCUACAUGAUCGCCACGAAUGUCACUACGAUUGAGGGAUGGGAGAUCGAGAGACAUGAGCAGCUGCUGCGGCGAGCGAGGGCCCUCGGAGGAUACUUAGAUGGGCCCGAUGGUAUUCGAGUUAAGAUCGAAAGACACGAGUAUCCCUACGACAUCGGCAUUUGGCAGAACAUGCGAGACAACAUGGGCACCGCCAACAUCUUAAGUUGGUUCUGGCCGUUUGCUCGUGGCGUCCGGACCGAUGGCAUGAUUUUCGAGACGAACGGCUUCGAAGAGCCUGGCCAAGGCUGGCCGCCACCAGAUCCCGAUCGAAUGCCACGAAUCGCACGCAGCAUGGAUGCGGAAGACGCUUUUACAUAUCGAAAUGGCGCCUCGAUGGCAGACGAAGUAGACGCGUUCAAGCAACGACAACAGGCGGACCUGGCGCGUCGAAGACCGUUUCGACACCGGUUCGAUGCGGAGACUGAUGAGCCUCUUCACGAUGAUUUCCUCGACAGCGACGAAGACGCUAGUGGCGAAGAAGGCUGGGCUGAUCGCGACGGCAACAGACUUCAAGACUAUGGCGUCGAAGAGGACGUCGAGUUUUACGAUGACGUUCCAUUGGCCGAACUCAUGAAGCGGCGGCGAGCACCGCAAGCAGAUGAUGGUUGA